AUGGAUUAUGCCAUUCUAAAUCUCUCUGGAGAUAAUUAUCUAGAAUGGGCAAUGAACACUUCAGUUACCCUGAAAUCAAGAGGACUCGUAAGGAGUAUCAUUCAGGGUGAUUAUGCAACUAGAAGUGAAAAGUUAAGAGCCAUUACAAUAAUGCGCCAUCAUCUCACUGAGGAACUGAGAAAUCAGUAUCUACAUAUUGAGAAUCUUCGUGACCUUUGGACAGAAUUAAAGUCUAGAUACACUAUGGUAUUAUUACCAAAGGUCAAACAUGAAUGGAUGAGUCUCAGAUUCCAAGACUUUGAAACAGUGGCCGAGUUUCAUUUUGCCUUGUCCAGGGUCGUGUACCAACUGAGAUUAUGUGGAGAAGAGGUAACAGAUAAUGAUUGUCUAUUCAAGACAUACUCCACAUUCCAUCCAGAAGAUUUGUUGUCAAAACAUAUCUACAUAGAAAGAGGUUCUACCACUUACAAUGACCUGAUCUCUUGCCUAACGGUGAUUGAGAAUAACAAGGUACUAAAGAGGAGCAGUGAGAUGAGAUACCCUGAUACAAAUGAGACCGAUAUAGAUCAGGAUGAAUCCAAGAGAGUCGUGUCCAAUAUAACUCAAGGAGUGGCCGGCAUAUCUAUUGACUAA